AUGGUUGGUGGCAAUGUGGUAAUUUUCAUUGUUAUUGUUGUUGGCUUCGUGUGCCAAUGUAAUGGUCAUGCCAGACGCUGUCGCUUCAACCUGGAACUGUAUAAACUAUCUGGACGUGUUUCGGGUGGAGUUUGCUACAACUGUCAGCACGAUACCACGGGCCGUUAUUGCCACUAUUGCCGCGAGGGUUAUUACAGAGAUGCUACAAAGCCACUGAAUCAUCGCAAAGUAUGCAAACGCUGCGACUGUCAUCCUGUUGGCUCUACGGGCAAAACUUGUAACCACCUCAGUGGCCAAUGUCCCUGUAAAGAAGGUGUAACUGGCCUAACGUGUAACCGUUGUGCGCGUGGCUAUCAACAAACGCGCUCACAUGUGGCACCCUGUAUAAAAUUACCAACCAAAGCGAAUAUGAUACAAGCGGAGAGUGCGGUUAGCGAGUAUCGAGAGCCGGCCGGACCUGAUGAUGAGAUGAAAAAAUAUUGUGGCAAAUGCAAGGCGAGUCCGAAAAAACUGAAUUUGAAUAAAUUCUGCAUGGAGGAUUACGCCAUUUUAGCAAAAGUCAUUGGGCAUGAUCGCGCUUCACAGGACAUCAAUACGGAGAAAUUUUCGAUUGAACGACAAAAUGAAAUAUUCAAAUACGAAAUAAAUAUACAGACGAUUUUUAAACGUAAUCCCUUGCAGGGUACCACGAGUUCGCUGUUGGGUCGGGGGCAUAUGAUGUGGCUGGUGCCGCGUAAGAGUCUCGAAUGCCAGUGCCCCAAAAUCAAGUUGAAUAAAUCAUAUCUCAUACUUGGACGUGAUGCUGAAGCGGCACCGGGCUAUUUAGCCAUCGGACCCAGUUCGGUGGUGCUCGAAUGGAAAGACGAAUGGUCGUUGCGCAUGAAACGUUUCCAGCGGCGAGCGCGUAAAUGUAGUUGAAUCGAACCGGAAACGGAAUAUGUCAGAACGGAUUUCAAUUUCAUACAUUUGGAUAGAUAUCGUUUCUUGUAUAAAUUGUACAGUUUACUCAAAUUUUUGACAUUCUUCGGUAUUAUGCUAUAAACUAUAAACUAUAUACUUUUACAAAAAACAAGAACAGCAACAACAAUAACAAAAUAUGUAUAACACAAAUUAAGCGAAAAGUAAGAUAUAUAAAUUAUUAAAAACAAGAGGAUUAUAUAAAGAAGCA